AUGGAAGACAGUUUCUUCCAGGCUGUUGAAUGGCUGGACAUCUGCGGCCGCAACGGGAUUACCCUCAAUCCUAAGAAGUUCACAUUCGGUGCGGAUAUCGUAGAAUUUGCUGGCUUUGAGAUCACGCCUGACAGCGUUCGCCCAUGUGAGAAGUACUUACAAGCCAUCCUUGAUUUCCCAACACCCACCCGGCAUCACAGACGUGCGCUCCUGGUUUGGCCUUGUCAAUCAAGUAUCCUACGCCUUCACUGCAAAAACACUGAACCCUUCUGCUGCAAUACGGGCUGGAAGAUCACCCUUGUUGGGAGCAGAUUCACCCAUGCCGCUGAGGCACGCUAUGCUCCAGUGGAAGGCGAAGCCCUAGCCUUAGCUGAUGCCCUGGACAAGGCAAGAUACUUUGUCUUGGGAUGUGAGGACCUCACCAUAGCUGUCGAUCACAAGCCCCUUCUCAAGAUCUUUGCCGAUCGCGCCCUACAAGAGAUCCCAAAUCCCCGCCUGAGGAAUUUGAAGGAGAAGACCUUGCGAUACAGGUUCCGUAUGGUCCACAUUCCAGGCGUCAGACACCGUGCCACAGAUUGUCUCUCGAGACACCCGACCGGUGAGCCUGAGAAGUUGCACCUCCCUGAUGACAUCGCUACAAUCUCUUUGACCCCUGCCAUGUUCCUGCACUCCAUACCACUCAUGGCAGGCCUCCGAACCAUGGCCCCACAAGAGGACACUGUCGGGAUUUGCACGCUUUCCUCAGCUAUGUGUGCCCUGGAGUCCCUCCACUUGAAGUCAGUCACAUGGGACCGGGUCCGUACUGCCACAACUAGUGACGACAACAUGCAAGCACUACUCAAUGCUGUUGAAGCUGGCAUGCCGGAGUUUCGUUAUGAGCUCCCCUCACCUCUCCGCGAAUAUUUCCCAUUCCGUGACGACCUUUAUACAAGUGAUGGUAUCUUCCUCUACAAGGGAGGAAGUAUUGGCUCAUCUGCAUGCUGCCUCUGUCUUUUGGCCUGGCAUCACUCCAGCCAUUACAGCUCUCCGUGCCCGGUGCAACCAAUGCAACAGGAUCGCACCCUCCAACCCACGUGCACCCCGACCCCGUUGCUGUCUCCGGACUACCCUUUCCAAUGCAUCUGUGCCGAUUUCUUUCACUACAAGGGCUGCAACUACCUGGUCAUCGUGGACCGCUACUCCAAUUGGCCUAUCGUUGAGAGGUCCAAUCAAGGGGCAACUGGACUCAUUUCUUGCCUACGGAGGACAUUCGUCACCUUCGGGAUCCCGGGUGAACUAGCAUCGGAUGGUUGCCCUGAAUUUACAGCGGCUGUCACACGCCGCUUCCUCAAGGACUGGGGCAUUUAUCACAGACUUUCAUCCGUUGCUUACCCACAUAGCAACUGUCGUGCUGAGGUGGCUGUCAAAUCCGUGAAACGUCUCAUCAAGUCCAACACCAGCCCUGCAGGUGCCCUCGACACUGAUACCUUCCAAAGGGCUAUGCUGCAUUACCGAAACACUCUUGACAGGGACACCAAGCUCUCCCCGGCUAUGUGUGUCUUUGGCCAUCCGAUCCAAGACUUCAUCUCCAUUGUCCCAUGCAAAUAUCUACCACACAACACAUGGCGCGAGACCCUAGCAGCUCGGGAAGAAGCACUUCGUACCCGUCACAUGAGGGACGCAGAACGUUGGUCCGAGCAUACUAAACGGCUCCUGCCCCUUGCCGUCGGAGACCACGUCCCCUCCAGAAUCAGACAGGACCACAACCACUCAAGUGGGACAGGACUGGGACUGUGA